ACUUGUUCUAUAAUUACCCCAGCAUCAGGAGGCCAUGGCUCUAGGCCUAGGAGGACAAUUCUUAUUGUUGCUGUGGAAGGAACUUCUGUUGUCUCGCCGGAAGUUGUGUUCUCUCGUCUUUCAGUUCGUUCUGCCUCUAGCCUUUGCGGCGUUUUUAAUUGUGCUUCGUUUUCUGGUAGAGAAUGAAAGUGUUCCGGAAACAAUCUGGUCGCCAUUCCAGUUGGACAACUUUAAUGGUACUCUGUCGUCAAACAAGACUGAGGUAUUGUACUCUCCCAACACGGCUAAGGCAGCAGAAAUCAUGACGGAUGUGCAGACAAAUCUAUAUAGUGGAUACACAGUAAAAGCGUUUGCCAAUGAGGGUUCACUGGAGUCCUAUCAAGAACUCCACAAGGACAAUGUCUGGGCCGCCGUCGUGUUCGAUACCUCUUCAAGUGACUACUCGACCGCCAUACCAAAUCAAAUCAAGUACACCCUCAGGGUAGCGCGGGAAAACGCCGACGAUAGAUGGCGGACUGAUAAUACUUACCCCUUUUUCAGAGUUCCCGGAUACAGAAACAACGAGGCCCUAGGAGGGGAACCUAAUUAUUACAAGACCGGCUUCCUUAGUCUCCAGUACGAAGUGGGUCGCGCCAUUAUUAACAAACAAUCAGGGAACACCAACUUUGACAACCUGGAUUUCUACAUGAAGAAGAUGCCGUACCAGGAUUUUAUUAAGGACAACCUAAUCAGUGUGCUACAGAUUUGGCUGCCUUUCUUUAUCAUGCUCAGUUUCAUCAUCACAGCUCUGCAGACGACAAAAGGUGUGACGUAUGAGAAGGAAAAGAGAUUAAAGGAAUCUAUGAAGCUGAUGGGAAUGAGCGAAGCCAUGUACUGGGCCGCUGUCUUCGUCAAGGCCAUGAUAUUCCUGCUCCUGGCCUCUGCAUUCUUCAUCCUGUGUAUGUUUGUUAAGGUGGGAGAGAAUGGCCGUGUGUUCAAUGCCUCCGAUCCUUCCCUAAUCUUCGUCUUUUUCAUCAUUUAUGACAUUUCUCUCAUCACUUUUUGUAUAACGGUCAGCACGUUUUUUAGUAAAGCCAACACCUCGGCCUAUGCGGGGGGUCUACUGUACUUUGGAUUCUUUUUUCCGUGGUUCUUCCUAAACACAGAAUACGAAACUAUGAGUACAGGAGCAAAAGUAGCUUCCUGCCUACCCUUUAAUACAGCAAUGGCGAUGGGCUUCAACAUCAUCGGAAUACACGAGGGAACAGGUGAGGGCGCUCAGUGGAGUAAUUUUAACAAACCGCCCUCUGUUGACGACAACUUCUCCCUAGGCGGAGUCAUGUUGAUGCUGAUCCUAGAUAUUGUCAUACAUCUUCUGGUCACGUGGUAUGUUGGAAACGUUUUCCCGGGAGAAUUUGGAAUUCCCAGACCGUUCUACUUUCCAUUCACGCGAUCUUACUGGGGCUGUUGUGAUAAAACAGAGAAAGACUUCGACAGAGAUCUCCGCCAUGACACCAGUAAUCCCAAGUUCUUUGAACGCGAUCCACCGGAACUCAAGCCUGGAAUCAAGAUACAGAAACUGAGAAAGGUAUUCGGUCGAGGCAGAAAGAAGAAAGUCGCUGUGGAGGGGACGACUCUAAAUAUUUAUGAGGGACAAAUCACCGCUCUCUUGGGUCACAAUGGCGCCGGCAAGACCACCACCAUGUCAAUGCUAACAGGUUUCCUACCUCCUUCUAGCGGCACGGCCAAGGUCAACGGAUAUGAUAUCAUGACGGAUAUCGACAAGGUCCGACAGAGCAUUGGGCUUUGUCCGCAGCACGACAUCUUGUUUGAAUCUAUGACGGUCGAGGAACACUUAUAUUAUUUCUGCAAGCUGAAGGGAACUCCAGCAAAAGAUAUCAACAAUGAGGUGAAGGAAAUGAUCAAGAUUUUAGGAAUGGAAGCAAAAACACACUAUGCGGCUGGAAAUCUUUCAGGCGGACAAAAACGGAAAUUGUCCGUGGGAAUCGCCAUCAUAGGUGACUCUAAGAUAAUAAUUCUUGAUGAACCCACGUCCGGUAUGGAUCCAGCGGCCCGGCGUCAGACCUGGGAUAUCCUACAGAAAUUCCGGGAAAAAAAGACCAUGGUUCUCUCUACGCACUUCAUGGAUGAGGCGGAUCUCUUAGGGGACAGGAUUGCCAUCAUGGCAGAGGGCGUGGUCAAGUGUUGUGGCACCUCCCAUUUCCUGAAGAAAGCAUUUGGAGCGGGGUACCACCUGGUUAUGGUGAAAGAUAAAUCAUGUAACGUUGCCGAGGUGACAAAAUUAGUUCAAUCCCACGUUCCGUCCGCUGUACUCGAAAGUGAGAUCAGCGCCGAGUUGUCCUACCUUCUACCAUUCGACCAAUCAAAAACCUUCGCUCAGCUGUUUUUGGACGUGGAGAAGAAGAAGUCUUCUCUAGGAAUCCAAAGUUUCGGCACGACAGCCACCACCAUGGAGGAAGUCUUUCUCAAAGUCGGAGAAAGUGGUCAAGAAGAUGUCGAGGAAGAGGCGGAAAGACUGAAUGCGCAGGCGCAUACGAUCCAGCAAUCUCCGGAACACAAUCUAGCUUUUGUACAGGAGGAGGGCGAAAAAAUCCCAAUGACGGAUGUUAGAGUUACCGUCAACGGAGAGGUAAAUGGGGAAGUAAAAGAGGUGAACGGAGAGGCCAAGAAGAACGGUGACGUCAACUUUUCGAAAUAUACAGAGUUCAAUAAAGAGAUAAAGAAGAACGCUGGAAUGGCGCUAACCUUUCAGCAAUUUAAAAGUAUGAUCAUCAAAAAAGCCAUACAUACAUGGCGAAAUCGAAUAGUGACGUUUGUCCAGCUGGCACUUCCGGUCAUCUUCACGAUCCUCGCCCUCGUCAUCGAAUUGAACGCCACAGAAUUUACGGAAGAGCCUGCUUUGUCUCUGAAUCUAGCCAAUUUUGAGGACCCUGUGACGAUCUACAAUAAUCCUACAAACAUUAUUGCUGCAAAAUACAAAGACUUGUUCACAUCGGAAGAGGACGCAACCUCGGCGACGUCAUAUGAUCGAUAUGUCAUCGAUAAAAUGAAACAGGUCGGUAUGUCCGUCUACAGUAAAAAGUACAUCGUGGGUCUGGACGACAGUAAUCCCAAUACAACCACCUACUUCAAUGGUGAUCCUUUUCACAGUCCCGCCAUAGCACUAGCCUUUACCCUAGACGCCAGUCUGAAACAUUAUACAAACAAUCUGACUUACGGUAUACAGGCCGUUAACCACCCAUUCAAGCGCAGCCUGGACGACAACAGUCAGAGAGCGGCGGGAACUGCCGGGAGUGGGUUCUCCAUUGCGUUUGUCAUUCUGUUUGGUGUAUCAUUCCUCACUACAAGCUUCAUCUUGUUCCUGAUCAAGGAGCGGGUGUCUGGCGCCAAACAUCUACAAAAGGUUAGUGGGCUGAGUUCCCUGACUUACUGGCUUGCCAAUUUUGUAUGGGAUUACAUUAACUACUUUAUUCCCGCCAUUUUGAUGGUCGUCUGCUUUGCGGCCUUCCAGCCUGACGCUUAUUUCAAGGGUGAGCCCUCCCGAAUCACCCUGAUUUUGUUGGUCUAUGUUUUGUUCGGUUGGGCCUCCCUUCCCUACACGUAUGUCCUCCAUUACCUGUUUAAGACCCCAGCCACAGGGAUGGUUACCAUCACAAUGUUAAACAUCUUGACAGGUCUAGCCACCACAUUGGCUGUGUUUUUACUGAUGUUUCCCACCUUUGGAACACAAAACAUUGCUCUUCAGUUGGACUGGAUCUUUGCCCUUGUUUUCCCGCACUAUAAUUUGGGCUCCAGCAUCAUGAACAUUUAUACAAACUACCAAUACAUAAACACCUGUGAGAGCAGUAACUACCAGAUCACGUGUCAAAUUCCCGCCUUUGAAACCGGAAGUUGUUGCAUGGAUAAGUGUGGUACCCGUUGUCUGAGAUUCGUCCUUGACUACCUCAGUAUGACAUACCCUGGGAUCGGGAAAUAUGUCUUACUGAUGGCUCUCCAAGGCGCUGUCUAUCUCCUUCUGGUCACCCUAGCAGAACUUAACUUCUUCUACUGGGUUAUGUAUAAGUUAAGAGGAAAGCAGCACACAGCCCAGGUGUACUCCGAGGAAUCUGUGGGUAGUGGCGAAACAGAGGAUGAUGACGUCAAAAAUGAACGGAAAAGGAUCAACGCAACAGAAAUAUCAAAGCUUCAGGAGACAGACGCCCUAGUGCUGAAGAACCUAGCGAAAAACUAUGGAAGCUUCCGAGCGGUAAAGGGAGUCAGCAUCGGAAUUCCUCGACAGGAAUGCUUUGGUUUACUUGGACAAAAUGGUGCAGGAAAAACGACCACCUUUAAGAUGAUGACUGGUGAUGAAAUUGUUUCCGGCGGAAACGCCUACCUAAACAAAUAUGACGUCAAGAACCAUAUAAAAGAGGUCCAACAGAAUCUUGGGUACUGCCCACAGUUCGACGCUUUGAUCGAUCAGAUGACCGGAAGAGAGAUCCUAUUUAUGUUUGCGCGCCUGCGCGGAGUUCAAGAGCAGUAUAUUGAUCGGGUCGUGAUGGAGCUGAUAAAAGUUUUGAUGCUGGAGAAGUAUGCUGAUAGACAAUGUGGAACAUACAGUGGUGGUAACAAGAGAAAACUAAGUACAGCCAUCUCUCUGAUUGGAGAUCCACCCUUUAUAUUCCUGGACGAACCGACAACAGGGAUGGAUCCUGGGGCACGGCGCCAGUUGUGGAAUGUUCUCUCACAAGUCCGCGAAAGUGGAAGAACCCUCAUCUUAACCUCACAUAGUAUGGAGGAAUGUGACGCACUGUGUACACGGUUAGUCAUCAUGGUUAACGGUCAGUUUGUAUGUCUGGGAAGCCCACAACAUCUGAAGAACAAAUUCGGGAACGGAUACACUCUGAUUGUCCGACUGUCAGCAGACAAUACCGACUCAAAAGAGCUCAAGAACUUCAUAAAAGAGCGAUUCAAGGACAGCGAGAUAUUUGAUGACCAUCACGGCUAUGUCCAUUUUCAGAUUCCGGAUGCCACGGUGUCGUUGUCCACGGUGUUCGGUGCCAUGGAGGAGGCGAAGUCUAGCCUGGGGCUGGAGGAUUAUUCCGUCCAUCAGACAACACUCGAACAGGUGUUCCUCACCUUUACAACCAAUCAGGUACCGCCUAAAGAGAAGAAGAAACCGAAGGGGUGCUGCGGACUGUGCACGUGCUGCUCUUUCUGUGCUUGCACACUGUGCUGUGGAGAGGAUUGAUGUGGUGCCAUUUAAUUAAGUUGUUGUGUUUUUAUCCUAUACCAAAGACAGGAGACUUUAAAGAAAAAAGACAUAAGAGAGAAACGCAAUUCAUUAUGCCAAGAUUGUAAGAAUUAAACAAGAAUGUUAACAAAGGGUGUAAAGAACCUCACUUACCCUAACAAAGAGAAAACUUUUUGAGAUCUUUAUUUGGAUUUCUUGCUAACCGUUAUAUUUUGUACUUUUUGUCUUUUGUGUUGACUGUUAUUUAAUUGACUUAUAUAAACAUACAUGUGUCAGCUUUUAUUUAGUGGAUAACUGUUAACAUUAUAUUUAUUGGAGUGAAAAGCAAUGUUUUUGAGAAUACUAAAAAGAUGUGUGAAAAAUACAGUUAAACUGUUUUGUUAUAUGGAAAAAAACCAUCCGUCAUGUUUCUGCGAUUUAGAUUCGACACAGAUUUCCAUUAAAUAUUCGACGCGACAAAUCAGUACCAGUGUACUCUGGAGUCAUAAAGUGCUGUUGUUUAAGUUUGUAUUUUAACCCUGUGAUAUAUAUAUAUUAUUGUAACAGUAACUUGAUCCGAAGAGCCGUAUCACGUCAAGUUGACAGGCGCGGAUCAUCAGAUCACACG